AUGGUGCAGGCCUCAAAUAUUGGUGACACUCAAAAACUCUACCAAAUUAUUCGUCAAGUUAGUGGUAAGCCCUCGAGACUCUGGGACUCUGUUCACGAUGGGAAUGGCGGCUUUAUUGCUGCCAGCUCGGCCAAGGUCAAUUGCUGCCAUGAAAACUUCGAGCACCUCCUCAACUUUGACGAACAAACCAUCACACGCUCCUCUUCUCCACAACGGAGUUUCAUCCCUCUCCGAAGGCGA